AUGAAGACUCACCUUCUCCUCGGCAACCACGGCUGGCGCGGGGGCGGCUAUCUCCUCCGUAGCGACCGCCUUGGGGGUCACCUCCUUAGGGGUAACCUCAACAACCUCCUCCUUGGUGUCAACAGGGGCGGCGACGACGACAAGCUCCGCAACAGGCUCGGGGACAGCAACAGUCUCCACGGCAGCCGGAGCCUCAACGACAACCUCGGCGACAGUCUGAACGGUCUCGACAACGGGGGCCGGGGUAACGUCCUCGACCUCGGCAGCAGGAGCAGUGACGGCCUCCUCGACCACGGCAGGGACCUCAGGCUGGAGAAUGUCAGUAAGAGAUAUCGCUUGAACGCAACGAACCUUAACCUCGUCCUUGAUCUCCUCCUUGACCUCUUCCUUGAUCUCCUCUUUGACGACUUCGUUGACCUCCUCCUUGAUCUCCUCCGCAACCUCCUUGGGAGCCUCGACAACCGGCUCGGUAGUGGCAAUGGUCACCUCCUCGAUAGGGGCCUGCUCAACCUGAGCAGGAGCAGCGGCGACCUCCUCAACAGCAGCAACCUCCUGAACGGGAGCAGCAGCGGGAGUCUCGGCGAUGACUUCAGCAACGACCGCGGUCUCAGCCUCGGCAACGACAGGGACGGUCUCGGCAACCGGCUUGACCUCCUCAACUGUGGCGGGAACAGCGAUCUCGGCGGCAGGGGUAGCGACCUCAGCGGCGGGAGUAGCGACUUCGACGGCGGGAGUGGCGACCUCGACGGCGGUGGUAGCGACCUCCACGCCAGGAGUCUCGGUCACAGCAGGAGCAGGGACAACAGGAGCGUCCACAACAGGAACAGUCUCGACGGCAGGAGCAGCCUCAACGACGGGGGCAGCCUGGACGGGAGCGACCACGGCGACAGGUGCGGCCUCGACAACGGGGGCCACGGGCUCGGCAGUGGGAGCGGGAGUAACCUCAGCCUCGACGUUGGCCUCAGGGGUAACAGCCUCGACGACAGGAACCUCCUUGGUCUCGAGAACGGGGACCUCGGGCUCGGCGGCGGGGACAACGACCUCGGCGACGGUGGCGACAGGCUCGGCGACGGUGGCGACAGGCUCGGCGGGGGCAGUGACGGGCUCGGCAAGGGCAGCGACGGGCUCGGCGACGGUAACGGCAGGCUCGGAAGCAGCGACAACAGGCCCAGCAGCAGUGGCAGCGGGCUCAGCUGGGGCGGCCACAACGGGCUCGGCGAUAGCCUCGACCUUGGGCUCAUCGAUCACCCCAGCAGGGGCAAUCUCGGGCUUGGCCUCCUCGACAACGGUGGAAGUGGCAAUCUCGGGCUGGACAGGGACGGCGACGACCUCCACCACCGGCUCCUGAACAGCGACCGGAGCAGGCUGAACCUCUGCCUCGACAACGGGGGCAGGAGUGGCUUCAACAGAUGCGGGCGUCGAUUCGACGGGAGCGGCGACAGGGGUUGCGGCGACAGCCUCAGCAACGGUAGCGGCCACCUCGGCGGUUUCCACACUGGGGGCGACCUCGACAACGGGGGCGACCUCCGCGACGGGAGCGACCUCGACAACGGGGGCGGCCUCAACGACAGGGGCGGCGACCUCAACGACAGGGACAGCGGCCUCGACGACAGGGGCCGCGGUCUCGGCCACGGGCGUUGGCUCGGCGAUAGGAGUGGCCUCCACGACGGCGACGGGCUCCGGAACGGCCUCGAGGACGGGAGUAGCCACGAUGACAACCUCUGCCGCGGGGGCAGUGUCAAUCACGGGCUCAACCUCGGCGACGGGGCCCUCCACCACGGGCUGCUGAACCUCCACAAUCGACUCCGCUGCGCGAGCAACCUCGACAUCGAUGGGGGUCUCAGCGAUCACAGCCUCGGCGACAGGGGUGGCGGGUGUCUCCACCUUGACCUCGACAAUCUCUUGAGCGGCAGCCUCUUGCUUGGGCUCCUCGACCUUGACGACCUUCUCAGUGACGAGAGCAGCUUCCUCCGAGGCGGGGGCAGGAGCGACCUCCUCAACGGUAGGAGCGACCUCCUCAACGACGGCGACUUCCGCGACGGGCGUGGCCUCCACAACAGCGGGGGCGACGACAGCCUUCUCGAGAACAGCCGGGGCGGUCUCAACGAUGGGGGUGGUCUCAACUUCGACGGCCUUGGGGGCCUCGACGGCAGGGACGGCAUCGGCGAUCACUGGUUUCUCGACCUCGACCUCCUUGGGAGCGGGGGUAGACUCGACCACCGCCUCCGUGGCGGGGGCCGGGGCAGGGACCUUGGCGGGCUUCUCCACCUCAGUAACAGCCUUUACCUCCUCGACGACCUCGGCGACAACCUCCACGGGCGUCUGAGUCUCGGCGACAGGAGCCUCAGACUUGACCUCAGCAACGGGCUCGGGCGCCGCCACAACGGCCUCCGGAACAGGGGCCGGAGCAGCCUCCACGACGGACUCCGUCGAAACGACGGCGGCCUUAGCAGGGGCCUCAACGGUGGGUGCGGGGGCCUCAACGGGAGCGGCAGUCUCGACGACGGGGGCGACGGCCUCAACAACGGGGGCGAUGACCUCAGCGACAGGUGCGGGGGCAGGGGUGGCGGCCUCCGCCACGGGAGCGACGACCGCUUCCACGGGAGCGGCGGCCUCCGCAACAGCGGCGGGAGUCUCAACUGGAGUGGUAGUUUCAACGGCAGGAGUGGCGACCUCGACGACCGGAGCAACAGGCUCGGCGAUGGCGACCUCGACCUCGGCCACGGGCUUGGCAGCCUCGACCACCUCAGGCACGGCUGGGGCCUCGACAGUCACUUCGACGGCAGCAACAGCCUCGAUGGCCACAGGAGUGGGCUCGACCUCGACCACAGCGACAGGAGCCGAGACCUCAACGGCGACCGGGACCUCGGUAACGGCCUCAGGGAUAGGCUCAGCGUCGGCGACGACGGCCACAACCUCGAUGGGAGCGGCAGUCACGGGCUCCGCCUCAAUGGGAGCGACUUCGACAGCAGCGGGAACAGGGGCGACCACCUCAGCGGUAGAGGCGAUGACCUGCUCGGCGAUAGGCUCAGCGACCACAACGGGCGCCUCCUUCGUAGCCUCCUCUUGAGCGGGCGAAACCUCGGCGAUAGUCUCGACCUUGGUCUCCUCGACAGGCGCCUUCACCUCCACGGUGUCGACGACGGGCACGGCCUCGGUGACGGAAACGGCCUCGGCGACCACCUCCACGACGGGGGCGGUCUCGACGACGGGGACGGUCUCGACAACGGGGCUGGCCUCGAUGAUGGGAGUGACCUCAACGACGGGGGUGGCCUCGACGAUGGGGGCGGCCUCGACAGCGGGGACGACGGCGGGGCUGACCUCAAUAGGCACAACCUCGACGGGAGCGGCGACGACAGGAGUGAUCUCCACGACCUCGACCUUGGCGGGCUCGGCAACCACGAUGGCCUCGACAACGGGCGCAGCCUCAACGACCGGGGCAGCAUCAGCAACCACAGCCUUGACAACGGCAGUGACAACCUCGGCGGCGGGGGCAGGCGUCUCGUUGACGACGGUGGGCUGAACCUCGACGAUGGCGACGGGCUCGACGUCGAGGACGGCGGGGACCUCGACGGUCUCCACAGGGGUGGCGGCCUCCUCGACAGGAACAGCGACUUCCUCGACGGGGACAACCAUCUCCUCAACCGUGGCGGCCGAGGUAGUCUCAGUGGGUGCAGCCUUAGCAGCCUCAACCUCAGCCACGGGAGCGACCUCGGCAGGGGCGACCGGGGCGACUUCAGGAACGACCUGGGGCUCGACGGGGGCAACCACGGCCUCGGCCUCAGCCUCAACCUUGGGGAGGUCCUUGGCGACAACAGGCUCUGCGGGGGCAGCGACGGUGUCAACAGGGAUGGCGACAGUCUCAACAGGGGCCGGGGCGACUUCGACUUCGGUCUUGACGGUCUCCACAGGGGCAGUGACCACCUCCACGGGGACAGCGACAGCCUCGACAGGGACGGGAAGGGCCUUCACCUCCGCCUCGAUGGUCUCAGUGGCGGCAGCAGGCACCUCCACGGGGGCAGGAGCAGCCUCCUCGGCCGCGACCUCCUGAACAACAACCGUCGUCUCAGUGGGGGCAGGAGCCUCAAUCUUGAUGGCCUCAGGCUCGGCAACGACGGGGGCGGCGGGGGCGACAGGGGCAGCCUCCUCCUUGACGGGCGCGGGCCCCUCAGGGGCAACAGUCUUGGCCUCCUCAACGACGGCGGGGGUGGCGGCAGGGGUCUCCACAACGGCAGGGGUUUCGACGACGACGGGGGCCUCGACGGCGGCGGGGGCCUCAACGGCAACGGCGACCUCGGUCUCAACGGGGACAGGGGCGGCAACGACCUCCGCAGGGGCCUCCACAACAACCUUGUCAGCGACAACCUCGGCCUGGACGACGGGUGCAACCUCAGCCUCGACUGGGGCCUCGACGGCGACAGCCUCAGCAGCGGGGGCCGAGACCUCGGGGACUUGAGCGGCCUCGACAACAGGGGUGACGGAUUCGACAAUCUUGACGGCCUCAACCUCAGCAGCAGGGGCCUCCUCGACGACAGGAGUGGCCUCGACGGGGGGAGGCUCAACGGCGGCGACUUCGACGGGAGCGACAACUGCGAUCUCAGCAACGACGGGGGUCUCGACAGCCUCGACGGAGGCCUCGACAACAGGGGCAACGGGGGCGACCUCAACAGCCUCCACCACCGCAGGCUCCUGGACGGCGGCAGGGGCGGGGGUGAUCCCAGCUUUGAUGACUUCGGGAACGACCUCCGUCUCGGCCUUAGGAGCGACAUCAACUUCGACCGCAGGGGCAACGGGCGUCUCAACGGCGAUCACCGGGUCAACGACAGCUGGGGUCUCCACGGCAGCCGGGGUCUCGGCAACAACCGCGGCCUCAACGAUAUGAGCAGGUGCUUCAACAACAGCCGGAGUCUCGAUAGCCGCAGGAGCAUCGACGACAGUAGGGGAGGCCUCCGCAGCGAUGGCGGUCUCGACCACAGCGGGAGCCUCAACAACCACAGGGGCCUCAACGACAACGGGGGCUUCGACGGCGACGGGGGCUUCGACGGCGACGGGGGCUUCGACGGCGACGGGGGCCUCGACCGCAACGGGGGCCUCGAUGGUGACGGGGACCUCGACGGCGACAGGGACCUCCACAACUUCCACCGUCUCGGCCACAAUGGGGGACUCGACAGCGGCGGGAACCUCGACGGGGGUAUCAGCGACGGGUGCGGGAGCCUCGACAACAACAGCGGUCUCGACAGCGAUGGGGGUCUCGACGACGACGGCAGCGGGGGUCUCGACAACGGCGGGAGCGACCUCAGUGACGAUAGGAGCCUCGACAGCGGCAGCGGGAGCCUCGACGACAACAGCCUUCUCGACAGCGACGGGGGUCUCGACGACAGCAGCCGGAGUCUCAGCAACGGCGUGAGUGUCGACGACAGCGGCGGGGGCCUCCACAGCCUCGACCUUCUCGACCUUCUCGACGACGGUGGGAGCCUCGACCACGGCAGGGGUCUCGACCGCAGGGGUCUCGACGACAGCAGGGGCGUCGACGAUGGCAGGGGCCUCAACGGCGGGGGCAGUCUCGACGACGGCGGGGGCGGCAGUCUCGACGACGGCGGGGGCGGGGGCCUCGACGACGGCGGCGACAGGGGUGACGGGAGCGAUAGGUGCGGCCUCGACGAUGGUCUCGGCAACCACAACCUCAGCAGGCGCAGGGGUGGCAGCGAUCUUGGCGACCUCCUCGACGGCAGGGGCGGCCUCCACGAUCUCGACAGGAGCUGGCGUGGCCACAGCGACGACAGGCUCCACUUCGACGACCUCCUUGGCGGUAGCCGCAGCAGGAGUAAUCUCCUCGACAACAGCGUCGGCAGGGGCGACCUCGAGGCCGAUGACCUCAACGGGCUCCGUGAUAGUGGCGACAACGGGAGCCUCAGCCUCCGGAACGACCUCCGGCUUGAUGAUGACCUCGACGGGGGCGACCGUCUCGGUCUUAGGGGCGACCUCCUCAACGGCAGGAACGGCCUCGACGGCGGCAGGAGUAGCCUCGACAGGGGCGGGAGUGGCCUCGACAGCGGCCGGGGUGGCCUCGACAGGGGCAGGAGCGGCCUCGACGGUGGCAGGGGUAGCCUCGACAGUGGCAGGAGCGGCCUCAACGGGCGCGGGAGAGGCCUCGACCACAGUCUCGGCGGGGGCGACGGCCUCGACCUUGGGGGCGACCUCCUCAGCGGCAGCGACGACCUCCACAGCCUCCGCGGCGACGGUCGCCUCGACGGCAGCAGGCGUGGCCUCGACCACAACCUCCUCCGCCCUGGGUGCGGCCUCCUCGACAGGGGCCACAGCGGGAACAAUCUCCUCGACAGCGGUACCGGCGGGAACAACGACGAGACCCCUGAUGAUGAGGGGAUCCUUAUCAACGAUAGUGACGGGGACCUCGCCCUGGGGAGCGACCUCGACCUGGGGAAUGACCUCAGCCUCGACGACAGUCUCAGUGGGGGCGAUCGCCUCGGCGACGGGCUCGGGGACGGCCGCGACGACCUCGGGGACCACGGCCUUGGUCUCCUCAACGGGCAGCACCUCGACGGGGGCGGCCUCGACAGGAACGACCUCGACAGGAGAGGUCGCGACAGGAGCGGCCUCGACAAGAGCGGCCUCGACAGGAGCGGCCUCAACGGCAGCAAUCUCGACCGGAGCGGCCUCGACCUUAGCCUCCACAACAGGCACGACCUCGACGGGGGCGACCUCGGCGGGGGCGACCUCGGCGGGGGCGACCUCGGCGGGGGCGACCUCGGCGGGGGCGACCUCGGCGGGGGCGACCUCGGCGGGGGUGACAACAGGGGCGACCUCAACAGGGGCGACCUCGACCACAGGAGCGGUCUCGAUCAGGGGAGCGGUCUCAACGACGGUCGUGGCCUCGACGACUGGGGCCUCAGCAACAGGGGCGACCUCGAUCGGAGUGACCUCGGCCGGGGCCGCAACGACAGGCUCAGGGGUAGCGACCGGAGCCUCAACAACCGCGGCCUCGGCAGCAGUCUGGGGCUCAGCAACAACCUCAGCGGGCUCCGCAACGACAGCGGGAGAGGUCUCAGGCUCGGCGACCACCUCAGGCUCGGUGGUGAUCGGGGCCUCGGUAACGACUGGGGCCUCCUCAACCUUGCGCUCCCAGAGGUCGGUUUGGUCGGCAAAGUUGGUGGCAACGUGGUCCUGGAGGUUCACGUACGGGCUGCCGUGGUAGAAGACGACGGCGCCCUGGGGGUACGGGGUGCCGCGGGUCCAGCGGACGAGGUCGUCCUCGGGCUCCUCCACGUCCUCGGGAGCCUCAGCAAACUUGAAGUGAGUAGUGGUGUAAGUGCUAAAGUGGAGGCGCUGCCAGUAGUCACGGUUCUUGACGGUCUGUGUGGCGCGUCAGUCUUGUUCACGGUCACGAUCGCCCACGCGACCGGGGGCCCGCUCGCACUUACAAUGUCGUGCGAGCCAGUGUGCGACUGCUUGGCACGGUAG